AUGUACAGUACCGCGAACUCGCCACAGGGUGACCGCGACGGAGAGAUCGAAGACGAGAAGCAGCACUGCGAUGAGGAGGAGCGGCCAUCAGAUGGUCCUCCUCGCCCAAACCAAGGGCGAUGUCAGGAGCUGAAACCGAGAGGUGCCGCACACAGUCGCAGCGGUCUGAACAAGAAACACGCAGAGGAGCGUCGGCAGCAGGAGCAGGAGCACGGCAAGGAGUGGCAGGAGCUGGACGAACGUCACUAUGAGGAGCGCAUUGAGCUUCAUCAGCAGCACAGGGGGGACACCAGAUGCAUCAACAUGCCGUCUGAGGACCAGUUAAGGCAGUUGGAUCGCUCCCACCAGAAGCAGUGGGAAGAACUCCUACAGACCCUGCAACAGCAGUGUCGAGAGCUGGAGCUCAGACACCAGAGAGAGUUACGAGAGCUGGAACAGAGACGCCAGAGAGAGCCACGAGAGCUGGAACAGAGACGCCAGAGAGAGCCACGAGAGCUGGAACAGAGACGCCAGAGAGAGCCACGAGAGCUGGAACAGAGACACCAGAGAGAGCCACGAGAGCUGGAACAGAGACGCCAGAGAGAGCCACGAGAGCUGGAACAGAGACGCCAGAGAGAGCCACGAGAGCUGGAACAGAGACGCCAGAGAGAGCCACGAGAGCUGGAACAGAGACGCCAGAGAGAGUUACGAGAGCUGGAACAGAGACGCCAGAGAGAGCCACGAGAGCUGGAACAGAGACGCCAGAGAGAGCCACGAGAGCUGGAACAGAGACACCCCAACGAGGAUGAAUCUGACGAGGAGCGGCAAGACCGGCGUCUCAGUCAGAGGCUGUUCGAGGCGAGCGAAAGACACCGCCGACAGCAGCUCCAGCUCAGUGAACGACACCGCCAGGAGCUGGAGGAGCAGGAGAGCCGACACCGCCAGGAGAGGAAGGAUCUGGAGCGGCGCCUCAGCCGCCGGCGGCACGGCCAGGGGAGGCACCAUGGACACUGACCGC